AUGACCAAGCGGAUUUCUCAGCCUCGCAACAUUUUCGUCGCCUCUGGCGAGUUUUCAAGAAUAGUAUCCCUCAUCGACCUCCAGUCGAUUUCCGUUCUCCCUACAUUUCUCCAGGCCCAAUGGCCAGUCUUUCUCAAACCCCCACAGAACCACGAUUACGAGAAGGGGAUAUUUGAGGUGAAACUGCGCGAUGAUUUCGAUACCCUAGGUAAGGAUGGCAAGAUGUUUGCAAUGCGCAAAUAG